CCUCUGGUGAAAUGAAAUCGAGUAUCCAGCGGGAACAAUAAAAUUAAACCUAAAAUUUUCUUAUCAAAAUCUCCUUCUUUUUGUCUGGAUUUCCUCCUCCUUUUAUCACUAUAGUUGUUGUAGACGCCAUGGCGAGAAAAAAACAUUUCGCCCAAAGGUACACACCUGGAGGUCGUCAACCACCACCACCAACACCACCACCACCAUCAGCAGCAGGUUCUAGUUCUGAUGCGGGGGGUAAGAAGAGGUCAUAUAGACAUAAACCAGGAGCCAAAGCUCUUCAAGAGAUAAGAAAAUUGCAGAAGAAUAUUGAUCUCUUGUUGCCUAGAGCCCCAUUUGUAAGAAUUGUGAAAGAGAUCACGGACAAUUUUAGUAAAGAAGUUAAUCGUUGGCAAGCGGAAGCUUUAACAGCACUUCAGGAGGCAACUGAAGCCUUCCUGGUCAAUACAUUUGAAGAUGCUCAGCUAUGUGCUAUCCAUGCGAAACGUGUGACCAUCAUGCAAAAAGAUUGGCAGCUAGCAAGAAGGCUCGGUGGGAGAGGUCACUAUGGCUCUCAGCCAUGGUGAGAGAGCUGCAUCAGCCACAGUCUAACAUCUAUGUGCAGUUCUCAAGCUCUGACAUUAGUAUUGUGUUGUUGGUAUCAUAUUGGCAGUAAACCCCUCAUGUGUGUAUGUCUAACUUAACUAGGAUUCAGUCGAAAAGUCUUAAGAAGCUGGUAGGUUGUCAGAUUAAAUUUUUACUGUGUAUGACAGAAGAUGCUUGAAAUGUCUCUCUGAUUCAUGGAUGCACUAGCCCUUACAUGUUAUUGCAGGGGCAUUGUUUGAAUGGUUUCAGAAUUUCAGAUUAUCUUUUUAGUUUUCGUG